CUGCACUGACCCACACAGAGGAAAUGCUGGUUUUCACUGCUCUGACAGUUCAAAGUGUUUGAAGUCACAUGCGUGAGAGGAACAAUGAGACAAACAUCUCUUCUCUACCUGCUCCUUCUGAGCUCACCGCUGUGCUGCACAACAAACCAAGCCUCUCUGACUGUGAGUCCCAGCAGAUCUCAGAUGUUUGAAGAAGAGUUUGUCUCUCUGAGCUGUGAGGAGGACGACAGCUCUGCUGGAUGGAAGCUGAGGAGGAACACAACCAGAGAAACCAGGAAGGAAUGUGACAAGUGGGGAAGAUCAGCUGGUUCCUCCUGUAAAAUCAGUGACAUCAUCACACUGGACAGUGGAGUUUACUGGUGUGAGUCCAAAGAGGGAACAACCAGUAACAGCAUCAACAUCACUGUCACUGGUGGACCAGUGAUCCUGCAGAGUCCUGUCCUCCCUGUGAUGGAGGGAGAUGAUGUCACUCUGCACUGUGAAAAUAAGACCUCCAACCUCCCAGCUGAUUUCUAUAAAGAUGGCUCCCUCAUCAGGACUGAGCCUGCAGGUCACAUGACCAUCCACCAUGUUUCCAAGUCUGAUGAAGGCCUCUACAAGUGUAACAGCAGCAGUCAUGGAGAGUCUCCAUCCAGCUGGAUCUCUGUCACAGGUGAGAUUCUUUCUGCAGAAAAACCUACAACAACCACAGCCCCGCCCCCUGUCUCAGCUCCUCCCCGGCUUGUGAUCAGACUGAUCUGCCACCUAGUGGUGUUCUGUCCGUACUUCAUCUCCACUCUCCUCAUGGUGUCUUUAUAUCGACACAGACCCACAGGAACAAUGAGACAAACAUCUCUUCUCUGCCUGCUCCUUCUGAGCUCACCGCUGUGCUGCACAACAAACCAAGCCUCUCUGACUGUGAGUCCCAGCAGAUCUCAGAUGUUUGAAGAAGAGUUUGUCUCUCUGAGCUGUGAGGAGGACGACAGCUCUGCUGGAUGGAAGCUGAGGAGGAACACAACCAGAGACACCAGGAAGGAGUGUGACGACUGGGGAAGAUCAGCUGGUUCCUCCUGUAAAAUCAGUGACAUCGUCCCACUGGACAGUGGAGUUUACUGGUGUGAGUCCAGAGAGGGAGCAACCAGUAACAGCAUCAACAUCACUGUCACUGAUGGAUCAGUGAUCCUGCAGAGUCCUGUCCUCCCUGUGAUGGAGGGAGAUGAUGUCACUCUGCACUGUAAAAAUAAGACCUCCAACCUCCCAGCUGGUUUCUAUAAAGAUGGGUCCCUCAUCAGGACUGAGCCUGCAGGUCACAUGACCAUCAACCAUGUUUCCAAGUCUGAUGAAGGCCUCUACAAGUGUAACAGCAGCAGUCAUGGAGAGUCUCCAUCCAGCUGGAUCUCUGUCACAGGUGAGGAAGUUACCUUUGAUUUCACCACUUAUUUCAUCCACAUGUUCACCUGA